CCUCUCUCGACCAAUGUAUAAGAAACAGAGAUUUCACUGAGAGAACUUACAAUGUCUGAAACAUCAUCUUCCAUGUCUUUAACAGAGAGAGUUUAUAAUCAUCUUUGUCUUUCCGAUGUUUCUCUGGCCUUGUUGGGACUCUUUGUUUUCUGUUGCGUGCGUGAGAAGGUAACCAAAAAGCAGGGGCCAACGAUAUGGCCUGUAUUCGGAAUAACUCCAGAGUUCUUUUUUCACAGGAAUGAUGUUUAUGGUUGGGUCACAAGAUGUUUGAAAAAAUGUCGAGGUACCUUUCUUUAUAACGGAAUCUGGCUUGGUGGGUCUUCUGGAGCAGUGACUUGUGUCCCUGCGAACGUUGAAUACAUGCUCAAGACUAACUUCAAGAACUUCCCAAAAGGUGCCUUUUUCAAAGAACGGUUCAAUGAUCUGCUUGAGGAUGGUAUCUUUAAUGCUGAUGCUGAGUCUUGGAAGGAGCAACGACGGAUUAUCAUAACCGAAAUGCAUUCAACCAGGUUCGUGGAGCAUUCCUUUCAGACAACACAAGAUUUGGUAAGGAAGAAGCUGUUAAAAGUGAUGGGGAAUUUUGCAAGAUCUCAAGAGGCUUUUGAUCUCCAAGAUGUGCUCUUGCGCUUGACAUUUGACAACAUCUGCAUCGCUGGUCUAGGUGAUGACCCGGGAACUCUGGAUUCUGAUCUUCCCCUUGUUCCAUUUGCUCAAGCUUUUGAAGAAGCAACGGAAUCUACGCUGUUUAGAUUCAUGAUUCCUCCUUUUAUAUGGAAACCCUUGAAGUUCUUCGACAUCGGGUAUGAGAAAAGUCUCAGGAAAGCUGUUAAGGUCGUCCAUGAGUUUGUCGACAAGAUGGUUGUGGAUCGUAUUUGCAAGCUCAAAGAAGAAGGAACGUUAGGUAACAGAUCCGAUGUCCUCUCACGGAUUAUUGAGAUAGAAAAUCACAAGAAGAGUGAUGAAAAAGAUCCUUCCACCAUCAAAUUCUUUAGACAAUUCUGCACAAGUUUCAUCUUAGCUGGACGAGACACAAGUUCAGUUGCACUUACAUGGUUCUUCUGGGUGAUACAGAAACAUCCAGAAGUUGAAAACAAAAUCAUCUGCGAGAUAACAGAAAUCUUAAGACAGCGAGGGGAUUCUCCAACCAGCAACAAUGAGAGUCUCUUCACGGUCAAAGAACUAAACGACAUGGUAUACCUACAAGCAGCACUUUCAGAAACAAUGAGACUUUACCCUCCAAUACCAAUGGAAAUGAAACAAGCCAUCGAAGACGAUGUUUUCCCCGAUGGAACUUUCAUACGUAAAGGUUCACGGGUUUACUUUGCGACUUACGCCAUGGGAAGGAUGGAAUCCAUAUGGGGAAAAGACUGUGAAACAUUCAAACCAGAGAGAUGGAUCCAAUCAGGGAAUUUCGUGAACGAUGAACAAUUCAAAUACGUUGUGUUUAAUGCUGGGCCAAGGCUGUGUUUAGGAAAAACAUUCGCUUAUCUGCAGAUGAAGACAGUCGCUGCUUCAGUCUUGUCAAGGUACUCAAUAAAGGUUGCUAAAGAUCAUGUAGUUGUCCCCAGAGUUACUACAACCUUGUACAUGAAGCACGGUCUCAAGGUAACCAUCUCACCAAAGUCCCUGGAAGAUAAGGUACAUGUUCAAGAUUAGAGAAUCAAGGUUCACAGAGAUA